ACGACUGAUAUGUAAAGGCAGGUUCCAAACCCGCUGACCCACCCAAAAGGAGGGUUCCUGUGACAGGUCCCUGAUGCAAAAGCUGCCAUUUGCUGCUAAGAGAGCAGCAGUGACCUCCAAGCCAGUGUCCAGGUCCAUUGAUUGCAGUGCAGGAAUUGAUGAACUGACGGGACCAUGACCUCCUCCUCCAAUGCAGGGAACAAUGGGGACUGGUAACCCAGACAGCACUGAAAUGGGGACAGGCCUAUAGAAGACACUGAGAGUGAAUUAUCUGCAUAUUCAGCCCAACACAAGCAGAGAUUCCGGGUGCUUGGAGAGCGGGAGGCCAGCCAUCGUAUCAUUCUCCCUAAAUCCUGACUGACUCGCUCUGUUUGUCCAUUAGUCUGAGGGUGCAACCCUGAAGAGAGACUGAGGGAAUCACGAUCAGUCUACAAGAUCCCCUGCAAAACUGCGCACCCCUGUCAGAAACGACAUCCGUCGGCAGACAAAGGAGUCGGAAAACAUGAUCAAGAAGGAGCUGAGCUGUCUCCUUCCCUGAAGUGUGGUUGGUUGAAACAAAAUCGUCUGGAUUUGUACAUUGUGGACCUGCAUCUUCCACCUCUGUUUGUAAUGGAGUACUUUUGUGAGUAUCUUCCCCAACACAUAAGAGUCAGAUUGUGAAACACGGGAACCGGUUUAUAUACAACCAUAAUCAUCUAAGCGAUGGAUCACCAUUCCCAUGGAGAGACCCAGACCUCGCUCACUGACCUCUUGCUGGAUUGUCUAAAGGAUCUCAGUGAUGACGAGUUGAAGGAGUUUAAACUGCGUCUCCCAGAGAAUAAAGAGUUAAAGCCCCUUCCCAAGGGUCAGAUGAAAACCUCGGGCAGAACAGACUUCGCCGAAAUGAUGAUGAAUUCCUACAGUAAAGCCGGGGCUCUCAAAGUCACGCUUGAGAUCCUGAAGAAGAUGAACCUGAAUGAUCUUGCUCAGAGACUGAAGGAAGCCCUGCAGAAGUGUAACCAAGCAGGAAGUGAGCAGAGUGACAUGUUGGAGACGAGCUGAACAGCUGUGAUCUCAUAGAUAAACACUGUGAAGUGCUGUCUUCAGCUCUCAGAUCAAACUCUUCCCCCCUGAGAGAGCUG